UAUAAAUAUGAGAAUGUUCCAAAGUAAAAACCGAUCCCCUACAACCGUUCAUUCUCCUCGGUUUAGCUUCAAGAAAGCAAGUGUGAGAUCCCACGAUGAAGCUGCUAAUUCUUGGCUUAGCCUUCGCCGCGAUGGCAUCUGCUGUGCCAGUCCCAACGGAAGAAAGAAGAGACCUCCCCGAUUUGGGCUCUGCGAUUCAGGACAUUAUCCAGCAGAUCAAGGACACUCUCCUUCCAGGGAAUAGCAAAAGAGGUGCCAUCGUUGACGCUGCUGAUAAGAUCCAAGAGAUCAUUGACGGAAUCCAACAUGCCAUUCACCCGGACGAUGCUAAGAGGGGUGCAAUCGUUGAUGCUGCUGAUAAGAUCCAAGAGAUCAUUGACGGAAUCCAACAUGCCAUUCACCCGGACGAUGCUAAGAGGGGUGCAAUCGUUGAUGCUGCUGAUAAGAUCCAAGAGAUCAUUGACGGAAUCCAACAUCGGACUGGCCUGUGUUCGCUGAGCUUGUUCUCGACCCUGAUUUUGCUGCCUUCUAUUGCCAAUAAAGGAUUCUCAAUAGUCCUCAGCUGA